GUGAGUCCGUUGCUUCCCUCCUCCUCCCUCUUCCCCUCCUCUCCGUCCCGUCCCCCACCAGCCACCGCCCCGAUAUAUUCGCCGCGGCCCGCACCUCCCACCAAAUUCCCGUCCCACAUCUCCCCCGCGCCGCAGCCGCAGCCGCAGCCGUCCCCUCCUUGCUCUCCCAGCCGUCGUCCUCCUGCCACUCCCUCCGCUCCGCCCUCAGCUUGCUCGGCGCUUCUCGGAUUGGCGGCGCGGGGUCGGUCAUUGGCAGAGAGGGCCGGGUCUUCAAGAACGGGCGGCGCUUUUUUUUUUCCCCUGAGGCGGAUUUGGCCUGGUCCCUCGCCCUGCUGCGCGUUGGAGGGGGUGAGCUCGGGAAUGGGGGGAGAGCAGGGGCUGCGUCGCCUGGCCCGGUUCCCAUCUGUCUGAACUUAGAUGGAUGCAUCUGUGAACGCCAAGAAGAAGGUUAGUUCCUGCGGGGGUACUGGUCACAGCCGCUGUGGUGAAGUCCAUCGAGCCACCGUGCGCUCCGGUCGUAUGCGAAGCAACCCCUUCUCACUUCAGGUUUGGUUCGCGUUUCCAUUCAAGUAUAAAGGAAGCAAUAUUGGGCAUGGCAUUUGAAUAGCAUCAGAACAUUUAAAACAAAGCUUUGCAGCAAUAUUACAUCAUAUUGGUGUUACACUUCUUUACAAAAACAUGGUGGACGAAGAACUGUUUUAUAAGGACACUAGUGAUCACAGCAUCAGCUCUGAGGAAGAAGAUAUGCUUGUGAGGAGUUGUAGCAAUCUCAAUGUCAGCUUUGGGUACCAUUGUGAUUCUUAUACAAGCUUUCCUUCUGAAAAUGAUCAUGAGAAUGGCAUCUCUCCUAGGAACAUAUUUGGGACUAAUACCAUGAUGGGCUCACGAAAUGGCUCAUUUACUUGUUUAUCUGGUGCUGCAAUAAGUGCAAAUUUCACACUGGCAAAUACCAAUAUCUGCAAGGGUCUUAUUGGUGAAGAAAUUUUACCAGAACUAGAUUCUCCAAAUUCCUUUAGAAAAAUUGUUUCUUCUCCAUCAAUGUCAAGAUUGGACUCGUUCUCCAACUCACAAGGCAGCCCUGAGAGCUCUAUAUUUGAAAUCAGUAAAAAUACUUGGAGAUCCAGUGCUCCAACAGCUGUAUCAUCCAAUUUUCUGACUAAUACAGAGGUGAAAAUGGCUGGCGGAGCUGCUGGGGAGGAUAGAGUCCAAGCUGUGUGCUCAGAGAAAAAUGGAUGGCUGAUUUGUGGAAUAUAUGAUGGAUUUAACGGGAGAGAUGCUGCUGAUUUUCUAGCAGUAACUCUAUAUGAUAACAUAGUAUAUUACUUGUACUUGUUGGAGAAUCGGAUCAAGCAACAAAAUGGUCUAUAUGAUUCAGCAGAAAGCUCUCUUAGUGAUGUUAAAAGUGAGCUAACACUAGCCAUGAGAAUGGCAGAAAAUGAAGACAUAAAAUUUUCUGAAACAUUUCGAGCUGGUGUGCUGAACUGCCUUUCCACUGCUGUUGAGCAAGCUGAGAAUGAUUUUCUAUGCAUGGUUGAACAAGAGAUGGAUGAUAGACCAGAUUUAGUUUCAGUAGGAUCUUGUGUUCUGGUUGUGCUUCUUCAUGGAAAAGAUUUGUGCAUCUUGAAUCUGGGAGACAGUAGAGCUGUGCUUGCUUCCAUGCCAUAUGCAGAAAAGGGCACCUUAAAGGCUACUCAAUUAACGGAGACCCACUCACUUGAAAAUCCAUUGGAGUACCAAAAACUUAUAGCUGAUCAUCCCAACGAUUCUUCAGUUGUAAGGGGUAACAAAAUAAAAGGAAAGCUGAAGGUUACUCGUGCUUUUGGAGUUGGCUAUCUAAAGCAGAAAAAGUUAAAUGAUGCACUCAUGGGCAUUCUCCGUGUUCGUGAUUUGAGCAGCCCACCUUACGUUUAUACAAAUCCACACACAUUGAGUCACAAAGUUACAGAUGAUGAUUUGUUUGUCGUGCUUGGUAGUGAUGGCUUAUUUGAUUUCUUCAGUAACAAUGAAGUUGUUCAGUUGGUUUAUCAGUUCAUGCAUGAUAGUCCAAUGGGAGAUCCUGCAAAAUACCUCAUUGAGCAACUUAUACUCAAAGCAGCCAGGGAAGCAGCUUUAACAGCUGAAGAAUUGAUGAGGAUACCUGUUGGGAGUAGGAGGAAAUACCACGAUGAUGUGACCGUCAUUGUUAUCAUCCUUGGAAAUGCACAGAGGACGAUGACUGCAUCAACUUCCUUGUGAGAGAAUGGAGAGCAAGACAGAGGAGCUAUCAGCUGGUAAAAUUUUGUGGGUGUUCGCAUACAACUAUUUCGAAUAAUAUGUUUUUGAUUAGUCUGGUGUGGUAGUCAAUAAACCAAAAAUCUGUAUAUAUCCUUUUGGAAUUUUGGUUGUGAAUCCAUUUCAGUUUUCAUCUGCUAAUCUUUCUCUGCUAA